AUGAAGACAACAAAAAGAGAAGUCCUUCCAAAGUACAAGAUAGUCUUUCUGGGAGAUACCGCUGUAGGAAAGACCACGCUCAUAACAAAGUAUGUGUUCAGCACAGAAACAAAGGAUUACCACCCAACAAUUGGAGUAGACUUUUUUGCCCAGAAGACAGAGAUAGGAGGAAAAACAGUGAAUUUGCAGCUGUGGGACACAGCAGGGCAGGAAAGAUUCCGCUCACUUAUCCCAAACUACACAAGAGACUCCUUCAUGGCCGUAAUCAUGUUUGACCUCACCAGAAAAGAAACAUUUGACAGAGUGGACGGAUGGAUAACGGAUUUUGUGCUGAAGAAUAACGACUCAAAACUAAAGAUACUAGUUGUGGGUAACAAGCUGGACCUGUUCGAAAAGCAGGAGAACAAGCAGAUAACCAAAGAGGAAAUAGCCGAGAAAGUACAGAAAUACGGAGCAGCAUAUGUUGAGACAUGCUCGCUUACUACAGAGGGAAUUAAUUCUCUGGUUAAUGAAAUAACACAAACCAUACAAAACUCAGCUGCGCCAGAGCAGACAGUCCCGGAGUUCACAAUAGAAACAGAUUCCAGUAAGAGAUGCAUGUGCCUUUAA